AUGGCCUGGUUCAGGACUCUUGCACUCUUCUUGUUCACUGUCACGCCAUACGUCACAGCCCUCCCUUUGAAAACCACCAGACAAGGCUCGGUUCUGGAUGUAGACGGCCUUGCGGACGAGGAUUGGUACAUUGUGACUCUCCACAAGAACAUUUCGCCCUCUGCCUUCGCAAUACACCUCGCCAAAAUAAAUGACACCUACCACCACAACUCCUUGAACGAUGAGCAGAACAGACCCUCUGGAGUCGGAAAGACAUUUGCCAUUGGUGACUACCGGGGUUAUUCUGGAGUCUUCGAUAAAGACACUAUCGCCUUGCUCUGGAAAGAUGCAGAUGUAGCAGAAAUCGAGCGAGACGAGUUCUGUACUAUACAGGGGAAGCUUGUGACGCAGCGUCAUGCCCCCUGGGGCCUUGCGGCCUUGUCUAGCAAGAAGCCCGGUGGCAAGUCAUACCGCUACGACAAGAGCGCGGGCAACGGCACGUUUGCAUACGUGGUUGACUCCGGCGUCUUCACCAAGCACGACGAAUUCGGUGGGCGGGCUUCGGUUAGGUAUAGCGUAGAUCCCAGCGACUUGUCGGACGUCGAGGGACAUGGGACUCAUGUUGCCGGAAUCAUUGCGGGCAAGACCUUUGGCGUGGCCAAGCAAGCGGAAAUUAUCGGUGUCAAAGUGCUCCCCGACGGCGUUGGCAUCAUCUCGGACGUACUUGACGGUUUUCAAUGGGCGGUCCAAGACAUUGUCCUCAAAGGCCGCCAAAACCGUUCCGUCAUCAACCUGUCUAUUGCAAGUCCCUUUUCUAUCGCAUUCAAUCGUGCCGUUGAUGCUGCCUUUGAAAUGGGAAUUCUCAGCGUCGUUGCAGCUGGAAACGCAGGAAUGGAGGCCCGAAAAAUGUCUCCUGUAUCAGCAGCAGAAGCCUUGGCUGUGGGUGCCAUCAACAGCGAAUGGACACAGACUAUUUUUUCCAAUUUCGGCCCCGAAGUCAACAUCCAAGCCCCUGGUUACCACAUAGAGUCCGCCUAUAUUGGUACUGAGAAUGCGACCAACACCAUGAGUGGCACUUCAAUGUCGGCCCCUCACGUUGCCGGACUUGCCUUGUAUCUGGCUGCCUUGGAAAACACGAAAAAUGCAAAGGAGUUGAGAGACAGAAUCCUGGAACUGGGCGUCCAGGGCAAAGCGAAGGAACUCACGAGCGAUACCCCCAACUUGGUUGCUCACAACGGUGCUCGCUAA